AAUAUCAAUGGGCAUCCAAGAAAAUCAAUUUUCUCUCUCAUCCCUCUUUGCCAAUCUUUCCUCCAUUUAAAUCCUCUCAUGCUUUCACUUCUUUCCCCACCAAGAAAGUGUGAUGAAUCCAUAAGAGUGGCCAAAAAAGAAAAGAAAAAAAAAAAGAAUGAUAGAGACAGCAAAAAGGAAGAAAGAAAAAAGGGUUUAGAGCCUAGACUUGAGAGAGAAAAAAACACAUAAUUAAAUAGCUCUUACAGAACACCAGCAGAUAGAGAGAGAUAUUUAUGGGUUUCUCUCUCUCUAAAUAUAGCUUUCUUUCCCUCUCCCUGUCUGAAACAUCAUCCUAAUUUCUGCAAAGGCUGACGAAAUGGGUUUCUUGAAAAGAGAUUAUUUGUACCAUCUGAUCUGGCAGAUGGGUGUUUUGGGGAAUCUGUACUAGGGCAUGAUAGUCUCAAGGGGUUUUGUUCUGAAAUUUCCAUAGCUCUACUGCCAAUACUGAUAGGAUCGAGGAUAGAAAAGGAGAAGACUACGGAUUUGGACGUUGGAGUUUUUCAAUUUUAAGGCUUUUCCUGUGUAGUUUAAGAUGGGUUAAAUAAUUUAUUUAGGAGAGCUAAAAGAUGGACAGGGCAAGAUUGGCUUCAAGAUUUCAUCACUCCGGUUCAACACCUUCGGAGGAAUCAGCGUUGGAUUUGGAAAGAAACUAUUGCAACCACCACAAUCUGCGUUCGUCCAGUCCACCACCACUACAAGCGUUUACAUCCGGCGGUCAACUUUCUGAGAGCAAUGCUGCAUACUUCUCCUGGCCUACUUCUAGCCGUUUAAAUGAUGCUGCUGAAGAUAGGGCAAAUUACUUUGGAAAUCUUCAAAAGGGGGUUUUGCCUGAAACCCUCGGACGAUUGCCAACCGGCCAGCAAGCUACCACCUUGCUUGAAUUAAUGACCAUUAGGGCAUUUCAUAGCAAGAUCUUGCGUCGUUUUAGUCUUGGCACUGCAAUUGGUUUUCGGAUUAGACGGGGUGAGUUAACAGAUAUACCAGCUAUUCUUGUAUUUGUUGCUCGGAAAGUUCAUAGGCAAUGGCUGAGCCACUUACAAUGUUUACCAGCUGCACUUGAGGGCCCUGGAGGGGUAUGGUGUGAUGUUGAUGUCGUUGAAUUUUCUUACUUUGGUGCACCUGCUGCAACUCCAAAAGAACAAUUGUACACUGAGCUUGUAGAUGGAUUGCGGGGAAGUGAUCCAUGCAUUGGUUCUGGUUCCCAGGUUGCAAGCCAAGAGACAUAUGGAACCUUAGGCGCUAUUGUAAAAAGCCGAACAGGAAAUCAACAGGUUGGUUUCCUCACAAAUCGGCAUGUGGCAGUUGACUUGGACUACCCAAGCCAGAAAAUGUUUCAUCCUCUGCCACCAAGUCUUGGACCUGGUGUAUAUCUGGGUGCAGUGGAGAGGGCAACAUCAUUUAUAACGGACGAUCUUUGGUAUGGCAUAUUUGCUGGAACAAACCCAGAAACAUUUGUCCGAGCAGAUGGAGCUUUUAUUCCCUUUGCAGAAGAUUUUAACAUUUCCAAUGUAAUUACAUCCAUAAAAGGCAUAGGGGAGAUCGGUGAUGUCAAUAUCAUAGACUUACAGUCUCGAGUUAACAGUCUCAUUGGCAGACAAGUGGUGAAAGUUGGAAGAAGCUCUGGCUUCACUACUGGGACCAUUAUGGCCUAUGCCCUAGAGUACAAUGAUGAGAAAGGGAUUUGCUUCUUUACCGAUUUUCUCGUUGUUGGUGAGAACCAACAGACAUUUGACCUUGAAGGUGAUAGUGGAAGCCUCAUUCUCUUAACUGGUCAAAAUAGGGAGAAACCACGGCCAGUUGGGAUCAUUUGGGGUGGAACUGCUAAUAGAGGUCGGUUAAAAUUGAAAGUUGGCCAACCUCCUGAAAAUUGGACCAGUGGGGUUGAUCUAGGGCGCCUUCUUGACCUCCUUGAACUUGAUCUCAUCACGACGAAUGAAGGGCUUCAAGCUGCUUUGCAAGAGCAAAGAAAUGCUUCAGCAGCAUGGAAUGAUUCCACUGUUGGGGAGUCAUCUCCCCCAGCCCGGAUUCCCCUGAAAGAUAAAAUCGAAGAAAAUUUUGAGUCUCGCAGAUCAAACAUCCGGCAAUUUGCUAUUGGAGGUGAGCCCCAUCAAGGACUGACCCCACCAUUUGUGCACGGCGAGUUUCACAUCGAAGGUACCACUAAAGCAGCUACAAAUGUAGAGCAUCAGUUUAUUCCAAGUUCUCCGCUUCAUAAAAACAAUCAGAAGGAGAAUGCAGCAUUGAGAAACCUCUCAGCAUUGAGGAAUGGGUCCGACGAUGAUAUUUCUGUUUCUUUGCAGUUAGGUGAGCCCAGACCAAAGAGAAGAAAGCAAUCGGAUUCUCUGUUCAACAUUGAAAAACCACAGUGAUGUAAGAUGGGAACACUACCAUUUUUUUGGCUGUUGAACUCUGUGUUCAAGAAUGAGGUCACGCAUUUGCCGUUCAAUUCUAGGUCAAAUGGCACAAUCAAAUUGUGAAUUGUAAAGUAAAAAUUUCAAGUAGGAAAAGGGUCGUCAUGGUCAUGCCUUGUAUUAGAUAAGUUACUAUUGUUAUUUUCUGCAUAUUUUGUUAAGGUUGCAGUUAUAGAUAGCAUGUGUGGGCUAUAUAGUAUUUCAGUAAAAAUGUCUAGAGGUAAACUCUGUAAUUUGUAUCAUUGUGGUCAAGUUAUUUAUACCAUAAACACUCCUAAAAUAAGGGGUGCCAACAGCUGUUGGAAGUUGGAAAACACUUGAAGUGAAUUCUUCAGAAUGUCAAGUAUUCUUUUUGGUGAUCAA